UGAUGACACCUUUAGACUUCAGAAUCAGAAGGUUGCUAUUUGGAUUAACCCUGGAUUGUGGGCUUUACUGAAGAGAUAAUUAAAAAGGCUAUUGCCUAAAGAACAGCAAUGGAGCGGAGAAAUAUUUUUGGUCUUCUGUAUAUUUGCUCUUCUAUAUUUGCUCUAAACGAUGCAACAUUAUCUAGCACAAUUGCAUCUACUAACAGCAGCAACCUCACAACUGCAUCUCCUAAUAACACCAGCAUCACAACUGGAUCUCCUAAUAACAGCAACAUCACAACUGCAUCUCCUAAUAACAGCAACAUCACAACUGGAUCACCUAAUAAUACCAGCAUCACAACUGGAUCACCUAAUAAUACCAGCAUCACAACUGGAUCACCUAAUAACACCAGCAUCACAACUGCAUCUCUGAAUAACACCAGCAUCACAACUGGAUCACCUAAUAACACCAGCAUCACAACUGGAUUUCCUAAUAACACCAGCAUCACAACUGGAUCACCUAAUAAUACCAGCAUCACAACUGGAUCACCUAAUAAUACCAGCAUCACAACUGGAUCACCUAAUAACACCAGCAUCACAACUGGAUCACCUAAUAAUACCAGCAUCACAACUGGAUCACCUAAUAAUACCAGCAUCACAACUGGAUCUCCUAAUAACAGCAACAUCACAACUGGAUCUCCUAAUAACAGCAACAUCACAACUGCAUCUCCUAAUAACAGCAACAUCACAACUGGAUCACCUAAUAAUACCAGCAUCACAACUGGAUCACCUAAUAAUACCAGCAUCACAACUGGAUCACCUAAUAACACCAGCAUCACAACUGCAUCUCUGAAUAACACCAGCAUCACAACUGGAUCACCUAAUAACACCAGCAUCACAACUGGAUUUCCUAAUAACACCAGCAUCACAACUGGAUCACCUAAUAAUACCAGCAUCACAACUGGAUCACCUAAUAACACCAGCAUCACAACUGGAUUUCCUAAUAACACCAGCAUCACAACUGGAUCUCCUAAUAAUACCAGCAUCACAACUGGAUCACCUAAUAACACCAGCAUCACAACUGGAUUUCCUAAUAACACCAGCAUCACAACUGGAUCACCUAAUAACACCAGCAUCACAACUGCAUCUCUGAAUAACACCAGCAUCACAGCUGGAUCUCCUAAUAACACGAACAUCACAACUGCAUCCUCUAAUAACACCAACAUCACAACUGCAUCUCCGAAUAGCACCAACAUCACAACUGCAUUUCCUAAUAACACCAUCACAACUGCAUCUCUGAAUAACAGCAACAUCACAACUGCAUCUCCGAAUAACACCAUCACAACUGCAUCUCCUAAUAGCACCAACACCACAACUGCAUCUUCUAAUAACACCAACAUCACAACUGCAUCUCCUAAUAGCACCAACAUCACAACUGUAUCUCCAAAUAACAGCAACAUCACAACUGCAUCUCUGAAAAGCACCAACAUCACAACUAUGUCUCCUAAUAACAGCAACAUAUCAACUGCAUCUCCUAAAAGCACCAGCACCACAACUGCACCUGUUACACAGUUUGAAAUAAAUUUCAGCAUUAAUGACACAUUCAAGGAUGUCUACUCAAAUUUGAAUGAUCCUGAAACUAUAAAGCUGAAAGAUCGCAUCACCUCUGAGGUUUCCCAAGUUUACAAGAAGCGUUUUCCAAACUUUAUUCGCAUGGUUAUUCUGCGAUUCAGGAGCGGCUCCAUUGUGACAGAUAGUGUCCUUGAAUUUGAUAACAAUGGCACUCGCCCUAACGUGUCAGAAGUGACAAACACCUUUGUUCAGGCAGCUACAAAUGGAAACUUCAACUUCACGGUUGAUCUGAAAUCUGUCAAUGUUUCAGAAUCUGCUGUAACCCAGAAUGUGACCUCAACUACAGCAUUCUCUAGCAACACCACAACUGCAUCACCUAAUAACAGCAACAUCACAACUGCAUCUCCGAAUAACAGCAACAUCACAACUGCAUCUCUGAAUAACAGCAACAUCACAACUGCAUCUCUGAAUAACAGCAACAUCACAACUGCAUCUCCGAAUAACAGCAACAUCACAACUGCAUCUCCGAAUAACAGCAACAUCACAACUGCAUCUCCGAAUAACAGCAACAUCACAACUGCAUCUCUGAAUAACACCAACAUCACAACUGCAUCUCCGAAUAACAGCAACAUCACAACUGCAUCUCUGAAUAGAACCAACAUCACAACUGCAUCUCCUAUUAGCAUCACCACUUCAACUGCACCUGUUACACAGUUUGAAAUAAAUUUCAGCAUUAUUGAAACAUUCAAGGAUGUCUACUCAAAUUUGAAUGAUCCUGAAACUAUAAAGCUGAAAGAUCGCAUCACCUUUGAGGUUUCCCAAGUUUACAAGAAGCGUUUUCCAAACUUUGUUCGAAUGGUUAUUCUGCGAUUCAGGAGCGGCUCCAUUGUGACAGAUAGUGUCCUUGAAUUUGACAACAAUGGCACUCGCCCUAAUGUGUCAGAAGUGACAAACACCUUCGUUCAGGCAGUUACAAAUGGAAACUUCAACUUCACAGUUGAUCUGAAAUCUGUCAAUGUUUCAGAAUCUGCUGUAACCCAGAAUGUGACCUCAACUACAACAUUCUCUAGCAACACCACAACUGCAUCACCUAAUAACAGCAACAUCACAACUGCAUCUCUGAAUAGAACCAACAUCACAACUGCAUCUCCGAAUAACAGCAACAUCACAACUGCAUCUCUGAAUAACAGCAACAUCACAACUGCAUCUCUGAAUAGAACCAACAUCACAACUGCAUCUCUGAAUAACACCAACAUCACAACUGCAUCUCCGAAUAACAGCAACAUCACAACUGCAUCUCUGAAUAACAGCAACAUCACAACUGCAUCUCCGAAUAACAGCAACAUCACAACUGCAUCUCUGAAUAGAACCAACAUCACAACUGCAUCUCUGAAUAACACCAACAUCACAACUGCAUCUCCGAAUAACAGCAACAUCACAACUGCAUCUCUGAAUAACAGCAACAUCACAACUGCAUCUCUGAAUAACACCAACAUCACAACUGCAUCUCUGAAUAACAGCAACAUCACAACUGCAUCUCUGAAUAGAACCAACAUCACAACUGCAUCUCCUAUUAGCAUCACCACUUCAACUGCACCUGUUACAAAGUUUAAUAUAAGUUUCAGCAUUAAUGAAACAUUCAAUGCUGUCUACUCAAAUUUGAAUGAUCCUGAAACCAUAAAGCUGAAAGAUCGCAUCACCACUGGGGUUUUCAAAGUUUACAAGAUCCGUUUUCCAAACUUUGUUCGCAUGGUUAUUCUGCGAUUCAGGAGCGGCUCCAUUGUGACAGAUAGUGUCCUUGAAUUUGACAACAAUGGCACUCGCCCUAACGUGUCAGAAGUUAAAGACACCUUCGUUCAGGCAGCUACAAAUGGAAACUUCAACUUCACGGUUGAUCUGAAAUCUGUCAAUGUUUCAGAAUCUGCUGUAACCCAGAAUGUGACCUCAACUACAGCAUUCUCUAGCAACACCACAACUGCAUCACCUAAUAACAGCAACAUCACAACUGCAUCACCUAAUAACAGCAACAUCACAACUGCAUCACCUAAUAACAGCAACAUCACAACUGCAUCUCUGAAUAACAGCAACAUCACAACUGCAUCUCCGAAUAACAGCAACAUCACAACUGCAUCUCUGAAUAACACCAACAUCACAACUGCAUCUCUGAAUAACAGCAACAUCACAACUGCAUCUCUGAAUAACAGCAACAUCACAACUGCAUCUCCUAUUAGCAUCACCACUUCAACUGCACCUGUUACAAAGUUUAAUAUAAGUUUCAGCAUUAUUGAAACAUUCAAUGCUGUCUACUCAAAUUUGAAUGAUCCUGAAACCAUAAAGCUGAAAGAUCGCAUCACCACUGGGGUUUUCAAAGUUUACAAGAUCCGUUUUCCAAACUUUGUUCGUAUGGUUAUUCUGCGAUUCAGGAGCGGCUCCAUUGUGACAGAUAGUGUCCUUGAAUUUGAUAACAAUGGCACUCGCCCUAAUGUGUCAGAAGUUAAAGACACCUUCGUUCAGGCAGCUACAAAUGGAAACUUCAACUUCACAGUUGAUCUGAAAUCUGUCAAUGUUUCAGAAUCUGCUGUAACCCAGAAUGUGACCUCAACUACAACAUUCUCUAGCAACACCACAACUGCAUCACCUAAUAACAGCAACACCACAACUGCAUCUCUGAAUAACAGCAACAUCACAACUGCAUCUCUGAAUAACAGCAACACCACAACUGCAUCUCCGAAUAACAGCAACAUCACAACUGCAUCUCUGAAUAGAACCAACAUCACAACUGCAUCUCUGAAUAACAGCAACAUCACAACUGCAUCUCUGAAUAACAGCAACAUCACAACUGCAUCUCCGAAUAACAGCAACAUCACAACUGCAUCUCUGAAUAGAACCAACAUCACAACUGCAUCUCUGAAUAACAGCAACAUCACAACUGCAUCUCUGAAUAGAACCAACACCACAACUGCAUCUCUGAAUAAUAGCAACAUCACAACUGCAUCUCCGAAUAACAGCAACAUCACAACUGCAUCUCCGAAUAACAGCAACAUCACAACUGCAUCUCUGAAUAACAGCAACAUCACAACUGCAUCUCUGAAUAGAACCAACACCACAACUGCAUCUCCUAUUAGCAUCACCACUUCAACUGCACCUGUUACAAAGUUUAAUAUAAGUUUCAGCAUUAUUGAAACAUUCAAUGCUGUCUACUCAAAUUUGAAUGAUCCUGAAACCAUAAAGCUGAAAGAUCGCAUCACCACUGGGGUUUUCAAAGUUUACAAGAUCCGUUUUCCAAACUUUGUUCGUAUGGUUAUUCUGCGAUUCAGGAGCGGCUCCAUUGUGACAGAUAGUGUCCUUGAAUUUGAUAACAAUGGCACUCGCCCUAAUGUGUCAGAAGUUAAAGACACCUUCGUUCAGGCAGCUACAAAUGGAAACUUCAACUUCACGGUUGAUCUGAAAUCUGUCAAUGUUUCAGAAUCUGCUGUGAAUGUGACUUCAGAUGCAACAGUCUCUAGCAACACCACAACUGCAUCUCUGAAUAACAGCAACACCACAACUGCAUCUCUGAAUAACAGCAACACCACAACUGCAUCUCUGAAUAACAGCAACACCACAACUGCAUCUCCAAUUAGCACCAGUAUCACAACUGCACCUGUUAAACAGUUUAGCGUAACUUUCAAAAUUAUUGAUACAUUCCUGAAUGUCUACUCCAAUAUGAGCGCUACUGAAACCAUAAAGCUGGCAAAUAACAUAACCUCUCAGAUUAUGCGAGUUUACAGGGUCCGUUUUGUGAACUUCCUUCGUAUGUUUAUUCGGCAAUUCAGGAGUGGCUCCAUUGUGACAGACAGUGUCCUUGAAUUUAACAACAGCGGCACUCUCCCUAAUGUGACUGAAGUGGCAAGAACUCUUGUUCAGGCAGUUAAAGAUGGAAAUUUCACCUUCAAAAUUGAUGUUACCUCCAUCAAUGUUACAGACUCCUCAGGGAACACUUCUUCUAGGUCUCCAGUCUUGGCCAGUAUGCUCACAGCUUUGUGGAUGACCCUCACAUCACUUCUUUUGUCAGCUGUAAUGCACCUCUGAGCAUCACAUUCACACAAGCAAACAAACAAAUCACACUACAACAUUUAUUCAUUAAAAUUAACCAAUACAGAUGAUCUACAAUUUAGAACUGGCUUUGCUAUGCCAGAUUGUAAAUGGAUUGAAAAAUAUGAUAUUUACUGCUUAAUUUAAAGUCAAUGUGAAAUCAAAAUGGACCCUAUUUCCUUUCUUAUUGCACAUUUCUGGCCUUAUUUUGAACUAUUUAUCCAUACAUGCCAUUCCAAAGAAAGAAAGUAUUUAUCUUCAUAUUCUUUAAUCAAAAUAUAAUAGCUUGUUUUGCCUCUAUUGGAUGUGGAGAAAGGAACAAUAAGGUCACAGCUGUGUUCGAGGCAUGGUGCCACAUGUUUUAGUAAAAAAAAACAUGUGCUGUAAGUAAAUAAUGCUGUUUAUUAAUAUGUGUUAUAUUGAUUUAUAUAUAAAUAAAAAAAAGGUUACAUAU